AUGCUGUCAAUCAUAGCAGUCGCUCCCUAUGCGAUCGGGCUUCUUGCCUUUGCCUUCUUCUUCUUCUUCGGCUAUCCAUAUGUAGAGUAUCUCCGUGACCCCAAGGGGUUCCGCAAAUAUCCCAACCUCCAUCCCUUCUCCGGAUUCUCAGCCAUUCCUUUCAUGGUUAUGGCAUCGCGGGGAUUCAGGUCCAAAGAGUUGGCAGAACUACACAAGAAGCACCCUGUGAUUCGAACGGGACCUAACAUGCUUUCCUAUGGAGAUGUCCGCGCGAUAAAGGAUAUCUACGGCCACAAUACCAAAUGCACCAAAGACAGCUCGUACUUGAUCACCGCCGGAUCUCACUUCAAUCUUGCCGAUGUUGUGGACAAGCCAGACCAUGCAAGAAAACGCAAGGUUCUCUCUUCGGCAUACGCUCUGAAAAAUUUAGAGAGCUGGGAAUAUAAGGUUACCGACAAAGUUCAGAGAAUGUUUAAGCAUUUCGAUGAGGUCUGCACAAUAGCUCCAAAAGAAGCUGUCGCUUCUGGUCGAGUGGCACCGGAUCAAAAUGAACUGACUCUGGACCUGCGUGCUUGGAACAAUUUCUUCACUCUUGAUGCCAUUGCCGACAUUGGGCUGUCCGAGAAACUGGGCUUCCUGGACCAAGGCAACGACAUGUGCGUUGCUGAAAGGAAGGACGGCUCAACAUACAUGACGAGCCUCCGCGAUGCACUCUACCCAACAGCUCGCAAGCAGUCAUACAUCUUAUGGAACUAUGAGUGGUAUCCCCUCCUGAACAAGAUUGUCAACGUGAUCCCCUAUUUCAACCAAAUGCAAAUAGCGAGCGAGAACUGGGAGAACAUCAUGUGGCGCCGAGGGAAUGAGAGGCUCCGUCGCUAUGAGGCAGGCGAGAAGCUCGAUGAUUUCUUCCAGGCCCUCAUGGAGGACAAGAAUGGAAACCCGAACAACCUUGAAUGGGGCGAGGUGGUUGCCGAGUGCAAUAUUAUGAUGAAUGCAGGCAGCGUGACAACGGCCGUAUCGAUCACAAAUGUCAUGUACCAGUUACUUCGCAACCCUCGCACCCUGGCCAAGCUUCGCGAGGAGCUGGACAGUGUGCUCGACGAGGACGAAUAUGUCGCCGACUACGACAAAAUCAAGCACCUUCCGUACCUCCGUGCCUGCUUAGAUGAGUCUCUGCGGAUCUUCCCGCCCACAUCUCAUGGUCUUCCUCGUGAGACUCCUCCAUCGGGCACAAAUAUUCUCGGGGAGUGGGUCGCUGGCAAUACGUCUGUUAGCAUGUCUGCUUAUGUUGCCCAUCGCGAUGAGGGUGUUUUCCCCAAAGCAGAUCAGUACAUUCCUGAGCGAUGGCUUGGGGAGGAAGGAAAGUCUCUUCAGCCCUACUUGAUUGCAUUCUCGGCUGGGGCACGCUCUUGUAUUGGUCGCAAUAUUUCUUAUCUGGAACAAACAAAAGCCGUGGCUUCUAUGGUGCAUCGUUAUGAGUUUGCUUUGGCCUACCCUGGAUGGGAGCUGAAGCGGGAGGAGACUAUGAAUUUGAUUCUGAAAGACAUGCCUGUGAAGAUUUGGCGGCGAAAUGCCCAGAGCGUGGGGAAUGUUCUGUCCAAAGUGUAA